AUGUCCCAUUCAAAUGAUGUCGAUAUUGACGAAUUAGCAAAUCGAACUGAAGGAUGUUCAGGUGCAGAAAUUGUUUCUUUGUGUCAAGAAUCAGCUUUAAAUGCCAUGGAAGAAGAUAUUAAUAUAACUCAAGUGUGUCGUAGACAUUUUGUUAGAGCUUUAAAUAAUUUAUCAAAACGCAUUACACCUGAAAUGAUUGAAUUCUAUGAAACUUUUGCUAAAAAAUCCAAAUUAAAACUUAUCUGA